CUCAAUUUUUGUAUACACCAAACUUGGCAUAAACUCUGGCUCAUACGUAAUAAAAUUUGAUUAUUUCUAACACCAAGAUGUUGAAACACGUACAAAUUUCACCGCUUCGCAAUCGUUCUGAUUCGGUUUCACUGCGCUCGUCCACAUCCUGCGCCUCAUCGAUAUGUGGCAGCCCGGAGCCACCUACCGAAUUACAGCGUACGCCUUCACGCGCCUCCAGUUAUUCGAGUUUAAGUGAACAACUGCCGCAGACAACAAUUAAAGUUUUUACGAAUUGCUUAAAAAUCGAUAUCGAAUACAAAACGCUCGGCAUACAAUGGGACACCACCAGCAAGGAGGUUAUUACACAACUUCUCAGACGCCUUAAAAUGCGUCAUCGCGAUCCACGUCUCUUCUAUCUCUCCAUGGAAGUAUCCGUGCGACGUGCUGGUGUGAAGACCGUACUAAUGCUAGACGAUGAUACACGACCGGCUAUUCUACAAGCCUGCCAUCCGAAAGGGGAAUCAAGAUUCUGCCUACAAUUGAAACCAGGCGGCUUAAUACGCGUUCACACCUCAGCUUUACAGCCCUCUUCACAAUACAAAUCUUUGGUUAUUUCCGAGGAAACAACGUCCGAUGAAUUGCUGCAACUACUGCUGUCCUGCUAUAACUCCAUGGAACCCGUUGAACAAUUCUCUAUAUAUGAAGUAUGCCCCGGCCAGGAAUACCAACGCAAGCUACAUCCCGACGACAUCCCACUCCGCGCCCAAGCCGAACGCAUGCGUCGCGGUGAAACCUGUCAUUUUCUAGUACGCCGCAAUCCGAACUAUAGUCGACGUCGUCAAUUGCUAGCUACACUCAACGGCCUCACCAAUAAUAGUAAUAACAGCAACAACAACAGCACACUUUCAUCACUAGAAGACGACACCAGUUUACUAGACAUCUCUAUUGAAUCACUUACCGACGAUCUGCAUAGUUUAAUGGCCAGUGACGAAGAUGAAGAUGGCGCCUCAUCAACAUCUGGCUCAUCGGACACAUCCUCGGAGGGUUCAACAGGCAUUUGUCGUACACCUUCCACGCUCUCUGUGACACCCACACAAACACCAACAACGAACCCUAGGAACGGCGAAGUGUGUCCGAAGUGCCGCAACUCCUUCAAAUCAUGCGAAUUUUGUCAUAAAAAUUCGACAAUGAUGCUACAACUGCAACGCUCUAACAGCACAUCGAGCAGUAGUAGUUGCUCGACGUCCAAAAUGCUGCAAAUGCAUUUGCCCAGCUAUAGUCCGGUCUAUAAUAUACGUGAGAUACGUACCGCUUCGCAUAGCUUCUCGGCGCUGGGCAACGAUAAGAAACUAUUGGAUAUCCAGUUGAACGGUCGCUUCGAUACGAGUGCGUGCAAUCGGUUGCGUCCGCAAAGUGUGUGUGUCACGCGUUCGACACGCAUGCUCACCGAUGGCAAUGGCAAUGUCGGUGCUGGGAGUGCGCAGGCAGGCAAUGAUGUGAAUGGCAACAGCGCCGCGGCCGGUGCGGCGGCUAACGUAGGCGGUGAGGUGGUCAAUAAUCAUCCGGCGAAGGGGUUGGGUCAUUUCGUUUAUCUGUAAGGAUGCAGUAGAACCGGAUUGAGCUACUUUGGGGGGAUUGCGAGUUUCAAUUUAAUAUAUCUUGCGAAAUUUAGAUGUUUUUUCUUUGGAUAGACUAGUCAAAUAAAGGAAAAAGGAAAAUAAGAGAAAAAGGAAAAUAAAAUAAGCAAUUUGCGACGAUUAUAUUUCUGUAUGUGGCGAAAAUAAUUCAAAUCUACUAAUAUUUAACUUUAAUGCAUGUGACUCACAUCUUGUGGUAAGUCAGUGAGUGCCUAAGGAAGGAAAAGACUGUGCGAUUUAUUGAUUCAAAGCAGGAUUCUCUAAUAAAUUCAUACUGGUGCGGUACAAGCGAAACAACCAAGUGACUUCAGCAGCAUUUGCUUUAAGUUGAAACGUUGUAUGGAAUUAUUUUAGUAUUUUCUGUUAAUAUGGGCUUUUCAACUCUUGUUUCCGAUAAUUCAAAAUUAAAAAAAAAAUCUAAACCUUAGAUCUAUAAUCUGUCUAUCUAUCUAUAAUCUAAACCUUUUUCAGCUUUUAGGCACACUUACUAUAGAAAAUUAGACCAACCAUUUAAAAGCAUACCCGGACAUUUUUUU